CCUCGGGAUUUCUCGUUCAGCUCUGAGCUGCUGCCUUUUUUGACCUUGCAAAUCUAUUAAUCAAUUCCAAUAAUGCCUGUUGUUGCUGGUCCUCCCGCCCAAGCCGGCCCAGGGGGUGCGCCGUCGACUUUCGACAAGAUGAAAAUGGGUUGCAUGAUGGGUUCCACCGUCGGUGGUAUCAUGGGUUUUAUUAUUGGAACCGUGACAAUCUUCCAGUACGGCGCUGGCCCCAAUGGUGUCAUGCGGACACUGGGCAAGUAUAUGCUGGGCUCGGGUGCGACUUUUGGACUCUUCAUGUCUAUUGGUAGCGUCAUCCGCUCCGAGGGACCUGUGAACGAUGCCUGGCUCCGUGCCCGCGGACCCCCGAUGAUGCUCCCCCGGCAGAGCCCCCUGCGCCAAUGAAUACAACCUUUCUCGCGGUCUUAGGACAACACCCGGGAAAUAUGCGAUAUGACCACUCCCCUGGCGACGUCCCUUGUACGAUAUAAUCUCUGGUUGAGAGACUUUUUUCGGGCGGUUUCAGGAGACAGGAAACCACAACGGUUGUUGCCACCUUCAGGUUCCAGGGAUACUUGCUACUUCAGCACGCAAUGUACAUAAACUAGCGGUACCCAGGACAUGCUGGCGUUCAACAAUUCCUUAAAUGCGCCAAUCAUUGUAAGCGAUAAUGUGAGAAUGCCUCCUUUUACUGCCAUUCGAUUCAGUUCCACAUAUGCAAAGAGGGCUCAUUGCUUGUAGUUCUUUUUACGGGGUAACGCAUGCAGUUUCAGGGGGAACUGGCAUACGAGGCCCGAG